AGCGAUGCUUCAUGAGAUAUCUCGUUGAUUUGAGAAUAAUUUCAUUAAAUCCAUUCACAUUUCCACUCGUUCAUGGAUCAUAAAUUAGGGAAAGGUGGAUAAAAUGUUGGGGGAAUCGUUUCCAUAAUCUACUGAUUUGCCAUUCACAAAACGUAAGAUGGGCUCCUUGAUAAUUAUGUGGAUAUUGCUCACCGUGUUGACUCUCAGUGCAUCCCACAAUAUCGAUUCAAUGAUCGGAAGCUUCAUUACUGAUAUGAGCUCAUCGUUACUCGUCUCCUCCAGUUUCACAGCAUUUUUCUGCGCAGACGCAGUCAAUACUGCAGAAUUCUCGAGGCAAAUCUCUCGGAAUUAUCUUCUUCACAGAAUCGCAUCCUUCAACGAUUCGGAGCUGAUUGAUAUCGAUGAGACAAUCGAUCACAAUCAUUACUUCAUCGUUGAUUUUGAUUGCGAGGAAGGGGUUGAGUUUCUCAGAAAGGCUAACACCAGAGGACAAUUCGUUGCUCCUGCCAAAUGGAUCAUUCUGCGAGAUUCCCGGGUAAAUGAUGGAGGAUUUUCUCAGCUGAUGAUGGAAAUUAAUGAUGAGCUGGUCAGUCUCCUAAGCAACUUCGAUAUAUUUCCUGACAGUGAAGUAGUCGUCAGUCAGAGGCUAAAUCAGACAACUAUGGAACUUUCGGCUUUGUAUCGUCCGAGUUCAGGUCAGAGUUUGAUCAUCGAGGAUCUAGGGACCUGGAGUCAUGAAGAUGGAUUGUGUCUCUGCAACUAUGACCAAUCUUCAAGGAGGCGGGUCAAUCUCCAGGGGAUUGUUUUGAACACGAGUCUAGUGAUGACGGAUCUCAAUACACUUAACCAUCUUACUGAUUAUCAAGACAAGCUGAUUGAUGCUGUCACCAAAGCCAGUUAUAUGUGGAUCUUGUAUCUUUCAGAACGCAUGAAUGCAACCUUCAACUUCACCGUAGAGCGAACAUGGGGCUACAAAGAUGAGGAUGGCAACUGGAACGGGAUGAUCGGACUGUUGGAUCGCGGGGAGAUUAAUAUCGGAGGCACUGCGACCUUCAUGAUAUCACAAAGAAUUGGAGUUGUUGAUUACGUGCAAUUAUACACACCUACGGGAUCGAGAUUCUUGUUCCGACGACCUCCAUUGUCAUACAUCAGCAAUAUCUUCACUUUGCCCUUUGCCCGCUCUGUUUGGAUCGCCAUCGUGGUUUUUCUGGUUAUCAGUUUUGGAUUCUUAUGCAUAACUAUGAAAUGGGAGUGGCAGAACCUGAAAAUGAUACCGAUGGAAUGUCGACUGGGAGGAGAUCUGGAGAGAAAACCGACGAUCACUGAUAAUCUUCUUGUUUUACUUGGUGCUGCUUUCCAACAAGGUUUUUACUGCGAGCCCCGGACCAUUUCAACGCGAAUUGUCGUUCUAAUGAUGUUGCUGAUAGCCUUGAGUUUAUACGCUGCAUACACCGCCAACAUCGUGGCACUCCUUCAAUCCACAGCCGAUUCCAUAAAAACUCUGGACGAUCUGAUGAACAGUCCUCUCAAAAUCGGCAUAUUCGAUAUCGUUUACAACAGAUACUACUUCGGGGCCUUUGAAGACCCCGUCAGGAAGGAAUUCUACGAGCGAUUGGUGAAGGACAAGCCGGCGGUUUGGAUGCCCCUCGAAGAAGGCAUUCAAAGGGUGCGAGAGGGACUGUUCGCUUUUCACGUAGACUUGGGCUUUGGCUAUCAAAUGAUGCAGGAAACUUUCGAGGAGGUCGAGAAGUGCGGGAUCGAGGAGAUCGAUUACCUAAAGGUCUACGACCCUUUGCUAGUUAUCGAGAAGCAGUCACCGUUUCGAGAGAUCAUACGCGUCGGUGCGUUGUGGAUUGCUGAAACAGGACUGAAACCUCGAGUCGCAUCGAAGUUCUUCACCCAGAAACCGAUUUGCACGGGGAGCACUAGUUUCGUGAGUGUGGGAAUCAUCGAUUGUUAUGUUGCCAUCGUCGCAAUUAUUUAUGGAUGCGCAAUUAGCUUCAUUGUUCUUCUACUUGAAAAUAUCUGGCAAAGAUGCGUUAAAACUCGGAGUCAUGACACUGUACUCCACGAGUCUUCACCGGAAGCAGAUAGAACUUCAGGGAAACAAUCAUUGAGAAGUGAUCGAGUUCAAGAUCUGUUGGACAAUCACUUCAAUUAAGAAUCUAACCAAUAUUCAGCAAAUUCUUCUAGGUUGACGUCAGAUUGUAUAAUUUUUCCUUUGAAUACUUGUGAUGAAUAUCU